UUCAGUUUCGUUGCGACCAUCGGUGGGGUCGCAACGCUUUACCUGCUGUAAUAAAAACUAGUUCACCACGUGUAUUUAGUAAAUUGUGUUAAAUUAAGAAGUGAAAUUUCAGUUUUUAUACUUUCAAUACUUAAAGCAUUAUUUUCCUUAGGUCUAUAACCAAUUAAGUGAUUAUCUGACAUAAAAUCUUAAAGAUUUCAAUAUAUUUAAAUAUAAUCCAUACCGGCUUGUUGUAUUAGAAAGAGGAAUAAUCUAUAUACAUUUAAGAUUGUUGGAGUUUUAUAUGAUACAAAAAUUGAAAAGUAUCUUCUAUACUACCAGAAAAGUCUUGAUCUCUAAAAUAGAAUCCUGACGUGACAGUUUAUUGUCUGAAAAAUUUCAAACGGAGAGUAAUGAUGUUUACUUUACAUUAUAAUAUAUGGAUCUUCUUAUUACUACUUAAAGUUGUAUUAAUUAUAACUGACAGUCUUACAGAGGAUACUUUUAACAAGCAACAUAACGAUUCAGUAGACAAAAGCUACUACGAUGACAACAAUAACAACAAUUUUAAUUCACAUUAUUUAUUUUAUCACAAAUCUAAGGAGAAGAAACCAAAUAUUGUUCUGAUACUAACAGAUGAUCAAGAUGUUGAACUUGGUUCAUUAAACUAUAUGCCAAAAACCUUAAAACGAAUAAGAGAUCAUGGAGCUGAAUUACGACAUGCAUAUGUAACAACUCCAAUGUGUUGUCCAAGUAGAAGUUCUCUUUUGACUGGUCGCUAUGUUCAUAACCAUGAAGUGUUUACUAAUAAUGACAAUUGUAGCAGUCCUCAAUGGCAAAGAGAUCAUGAACCUCAUUCCUUCGCUGUUUAUCUCAGCAACGCCGGUUAUCGCACUGGAUAUUUUGGAAAAUAUCUAAAUAAAUACAAUGGAUCAUACAUUCCUCCUGGAUGGCGUGAAUGGGGAGGAUUAAUAAUGAAUUCACGAUACUAUAAUUAUACUGUGAAUAUGAAUGGGAAAAAGAUAAAACAUGGAUUUGACUACAGCAAAGAUUAUUAUCCGGAUCUAAUAGCAAAUGAUAGUGUAUCUUUCCUACGUCAAAGUAAAUAUAAUAUGGCACGCAAGCCAUUAAUGUUAGUUGCAAGUUUCCCUGCGCCACAUGGACCUGAAGACUCUGCUCCACAGUUUUCUCAUCUAUUCUUUAAUGUCACAACGCAUCACACUCCUUCUUACGAUUAUGCACCAAAUCCAGAUAAACAAUGGAUUUUACAAGUGACUAAGAAAAUGCAGCCAAUUCACAAAGAAUUUACUAAUAUGUUGAUGACCAAAAGACUUCAAACCUUGCAAAGCGUUGAUAAUGCAGUUGAACGAAUUUAUAAAGAACUGGAAGCUCUUGGUGAGCUAGAUAAUACCUAUAUAAUUUAUACAUCUGACCACGGUUAUCAUCUUGGUCAAUUUGGUCUUGUCAAGGGAAAAAGCUUUCCCUUUGAAUUCGAUGUGCGAGUUCCUUUUCUAAUACGUGGUCCUGGAAUUCUGCCUGGUUCAAUAAUAGAUGACAUCGUUCUAAAUAUUGACUUAGCUCCUACUUUCUUGGAUAUCGCUGGUAUAGAUGUACCUUUACACAUGGAUGGACGUUCAUUUAAAAAACUGUUUCUUAAUGAACAUGGCAGAAGAAUAAAAGUUAAAUGGCCAGAUACGUUUCUGAUUGAAUCUUCAGGUCGUAGAGAAUUUUCAGAAUUAACUGCAGAAGUAAAACUUAAGAAGGGUAGAAGACAAUUUAAUACUGGAACUAAGCAAAUGCUAAACAUAUCGGUAAACAAUGAUGAAAGUGAAUUAAAUCAUUCAGAAAUAAAGAAAAAUAUUGGUAAUAAAGACGAAAUUAAUAAGACACGAGAUAUUUUCGAAAACGACGAAUUCCAUGAUUUAUUCAUAGAUGACAUAAAUUUCAGCUCACCUGUCAAAGAUAACAUAAAAGAACCCUUUUAUAUUUCCAAACUUGAACGAUUGAAAUUCGAGUGUUCAAAGCCUGAAGUUCAAACAGACUGUAUUCCAGGUCAAAAAUGGCGUUGUGAAAGAGACGGUAAUCGUUGGAGAAAAUACAAAUGUCGGAAAUCAACACCAGAAGCUUCAUUACAAAUGGAAACAAGAAAGUGCGCAUGUUUUACACCGAAUGGAGUUAUUUAUACUAGAUUGGAAACAAAUAGCUAUAGUAAGCAAGCAAUAAACGAUGGAAAAAAGAAAAAGGCGAAAGCGAUCAACGAAGCAAAUAAUAGUAUUUCAUUAAGAAAAGACGCUUCAAAUUGGAAAUCAAAUAAUCUGAAUCAACACUCGGUUAAAUACUUAUACCACAUUUUUAAAAAAUACACGCAAAGACGAUCAAAUGUGAAUAAUAGGCUUCCAAGAACUCAGAGAAGUGUAUCAAAGAAAGAAAGUUCUAAGGAUGUAAUAAAAGCUGUAAGAAAUAGUGAAGAAGAGAUGAAUGAAGUUAAGAAAAACAAGAGAACUCUCAUGAAGAAACGCCCUCCACUAUUUGGCAAAGAAGAAGUUGAAUUUAAUGAUUUUAAUGAACCACACAUUAGCCAAAAACAAAAAUUAUUUUAUCGAAAGCCUCGAAAUCAUACCCGUCGUCAACAAAUGAAGUCAGAGAAACCAAAUAAUCAACAAAUCUUAUCGACAAUAUUCCAAUCAACUUCAGAGACUACUCCAAAUGAGAAAAAUAUAAUUUUAUUACUAGACAAAAUAAGUGCAAUGAAUAAUUCAUCUAGAAAAGAAAAGAAAAAAAGGUUAAAUAAAAUUUUACAAACAACAUUACAAUCAGAAAUUAUUGUUAAUAAUGAGACUCAUGGAGGAAAUGAAACUCAAAACAAUUAUAAAAAAUGUUGUAAAUAUAAUCAAAGAAAUGAUACAUCCUUUAAUGAUAAAGUUAAUAAGAAAACUGUAACUUUAGAAACUACAAAAGACAACGAGAAUUUUAUUAAUGAAUUAAAGAAAGAGACUACUGAUUAUAUAACUAAAACAAUAACUUCUACAGAGUCAUCGAAAAUAUUACAAAAUUCAGAAAAUGAUUUUAGUUAUUCAUCUAUGACAACACCCGGCACUAUUGAAACUACGUACUUACCCAAUUCACUUUUAAAUACUAUUUCUAGAAUACCAAUAAAAAAUAAAAGAAGAAAAAAUUAUAAUGACCGUGAAACAUAUAGAAUAAAUGCAACAGAUUUAAAACAAUCUUUCAGAAUGCAAAAAUUUGGUAAUACAAAAAGGAAUUUUAAAUUACCAACAAUAUUAAAUUAUCCAUUUAAUGGACACAGUAAAUGCUACUGUCAACCAGAUACAUACUAUAAAAGAGAUGUAAAAGAUUCUGUUAAAAAAGGAAGACGUAGAAUAAAAGAAGAGCUAAUGCGUAAAAGGGAAAAGAAAAUAAAGAAAAAGAAUAAAUUGGAAAAGCAAUGUUUAAUGGAGAAAAUGAAUUGUUUCGAACACAAUAAUGAUCAUUGGCGAACUGAACCAUUAUGGAGCAGCGGACCCUUCUGCUUUUGUAUGAAUGCUAAUAACAAUACUUAUUCAUGCAUUCGUACAAUUAAUAGUACCCAUAACUUUCUUUAUUGUGAAUUUACAACAGGAUUAGUCACAUUUUAUAAUUUAAGAAUAGAUCCAUUUGAACAGUGGAAUAGAAUUUCAUCAUUAACUUCAUCAGAAAUAACAUAUUUACAUAACCAAUUGGAACACCUUAAAACAUGUCGUGGCACACAGGAGUGUACUGUUGGUAGUGUUAAAAAGCCAAUGCAUUAUACUAAGCAAAAAUUUGGCAGCACAUCUAGUUUUCCAGGUCCGUGGCAACCCUGCUCUUCACGGUGUUCAGGAAGCCUGAAAGUUUCGACCAAAAAUGACGAGCAAAUCGGCAAACGGGGAUGUUUUAAGAUUAUACCUGUUUUUACUUUUUGCCUUGGUACAUGGCAAAUUAAAAGGCGUAAAUGGAAAUUAAACUUAUUGGACGAAAUACACAACAAAUUUAAUUUAGAACCUAUAAAUUUACCUAAUAAUUUAAGUGAUUUAAAAAAUAUGGAAUACGUUCCAAUUAAAGUAAAAGGAACAUACCUUCACAAUAAAGAAUUGAUAAUUGGACCUAGAAGUCUUAAUACUGACAACAUGAAUCUAAGUCAGAGACAGAAAUCUGUAAUGCCAAAUUCUGCUCUCAGAGGAUACCACGUAAUAACUCCUUUCAAAUUAGAAAAUAGAGAUUUAACUAUUUUGAUAAACCGUGGAUGGGUACCAGAGAAAUAUAAAAAUUCUUCAAAUAGACAAUCAAGUCAAAUUGAAGAUGUUCAAGAAAUCACGGGUAUUUUACGAUUGUCUGAAAAAAGACCGACAUUUGUACCGGAAAAUAAACUAAAUGACAAUAUGUUGUACUAUAGAAAUAUAGAAGAAGUUGCUGAUUUCUUAGAUACAGCUCCUGUUAUGCUGGAUUCAAGAUCUGAGAGUAAAACAUCAGGAAAUGAAAUUAUUAGUAACCAAACGAUAGUAUCUUUAAGAAAUGAACAUUUAUCUUACGCAAUAACUUGGUAUGGUUUGUCAAUAGCUACGGCAUUCCUUUGGUAUAGAUUGAUUAUAAAAAAGUUACCUCUGUUAUGAUUAAUUUUAAUUUUAAAAAAUGUACUUUAUUCAUAAUUGUUAAAUUUGAUUCAUUAUAUAUAAUAAAGCAAAAGUUUUCAAGCA